AUGGUGGGUCAGCUGAGCAAACAUUUCCGUCAGAUGACGGUCGGGAAGGACUGCCGGGAUAUACUGCAUCCGAACCAGGAUUGUGUCUCCGCCUGGUGGACUUUCUUCGUGGAAGGCGUGCUGGGUGGGAUGCGCCAUUAUAUGCCAGCUGUUGUGACUCCUCUGCUGUUUCGUAUCGGUCAGUGGAAUGAUCCGGAAGUGUGGAGAAACUUCAUUCGACAGUACAUCCGGUGCAUUUUGGCUGGUUUACCCAUGACGGGUGGCAGUUUUGUGGCCUUUUGCUUGUUCCACAAACUCACAGGACGACGCUUCCCUGCUGCCUGGUUUGUGCUCGUUCCUUCCCUUGCAGGAGGUCUUACAGUUUCCUAUCUUCCAAAGCACAUCGUACGAGCACAGGGCAUCGGUCUUUUCAACAUGUACAUAGAGUUUCUCAUAAGACGUGCUCGUCAUCCACUGGUUGGAUUUCUCAGAUCAUCUAGGAAUUCUGCCACCGUCUUGUUCGCGAUUCUGAGUGCAGGCAUCAUGGCAACACGCCAGUAUCUACAGUUGGAGCGAUUUUGGUUCGCACGGCCCUAUCCUGAUGGUCACUGCAAUGAAGGUCACGGAAACCUACCGGGGUCGUCACACCGACAGCACGUUCUAGUAGAAGUGAAGAAAGCGGUCUAUAUAGGCCUGGCCGUUAGUCUUAUCAAGAAUUUCCUCCCACACGUGACAAUGCUGCUGCGAGAUCCGGUCGGAUUGGUGAAGCUUCUAAUCACCCGGUUCGAUGUAGGUCUGUUUGGUUUCAUCACGUGUUACAAAACGGUGUAUGAGGUAGCCAACUGUUGGUUGGCGAAGCGUCAGCUUACGCCAAUUGUCCGCAGCGGCAUCGGUGGAUUCUUAGCCGGACUUGCGUACUGCUGCUUCCCCAACUACCUGCUGUUUACCUUCUCCAUGACGGAGUUAAUCGAGCUGUGCUGGUUGGCGUACAUGCGCUUCGAUGGAGUCUCCAAACCCGACUUCUUACGCUGGUUUGACAGAGAGGUGCCAGUCGGGAUGCUGCUGUAUACGGCCAGUCUCGGUAUGCUGUGCCACUUGCGCAUCGUUUACCCGUACCAUAUCAAUCGCUACUGGCACAAGCUGAUGGCAAAUGGCACCUGGGGUCGCUCGGAUACGCUGGCCUACAAUUACGCCCGCAUCCUGCUGGACUGUCCAUCACAGUGA